AUGGAGAGAACGGUGUCAGAGCGUAACUCUGAGUCGCCUAAGAGCGAAGAAAGCCCUGGCCAGAAGCAGGAUCCUCUCGAGAGACGACGACUACAGAAUCGUCUCUCUCAAAGAAAUCACCGCCGCAAGAUCAGGGAUCGUAUCGCAAAGCUGCAGGAACGAGUCAUUGCGAAUGAGUUGAGAGCCAGUGCUGCACUGAAUGGCUGGGAUCAGACAUACACUCCUCCAUUUCUCCCUACGAGGCAUUCAUAUCAUUCAAAUGCCGAUUUUAAUAGCAUUUCAAAUGACCCCUCCCCUCUCCCUGCGGAGUGCUCGCAAUUCAUACCUCAAUGUACAAUUUCCUCCCCAUCGUGGUCUAGUCAGCCGGCCAUUACUCAAUCUUCAACUCUACCUAGAAGCCCCUUGAAUAGUAGUGAUGGGGGUUCAUUUGAUAUCGAACCAAGUUUCCCAGCGUCCUCUAUGCCGGAUCUGAUCCACAGUCCUCGUUUCCCUUUGCCAACUGCGAGCAGCCAGGAAGGCUCCAUUCACGAUUCGUUAUCAAGCAACUGCUCGCCACUAUCGGAAAACCUCCCUUCAGUAUCAACGAAUCAAUCCCUUUAUUACGUUGCAACAGAAACAUCCUUGCCUCAAAUCCUUCAAGCCUUGAGCUCAGUUUCGCCUCAAUCAAAAAUCAUUGUCGUUGUUCCUCCAGAUACUACGACAUCAGUUACUUCGAGCUUGGGUAGUCCAGCUAUAUGGCCAGGAAGCAGCAGCCUGAGGGACUACUUCCCGACACCUCUGAAUGCAUUGAAUAUGGCAUGCCAAUGUCAAGACCCCAGUACAAAUUGUAUCUCCUCUGCUCAAACAUAUUCGAGAACAUGGAACGUGCCUAGAUCUUAUAUUCCUGACUACCCGUUGAACAAAUUAAUCGGCUCUCCGUGUGGAAUCUUCCCUUGA